AUGUCUAUACAUAAGUGUAAAGAAAAUAAACAUGUAUUUACAUAUAAAGAAUUUUAUCUAAUUUCAGAGAGCACAGACCAGGGGGUCCGCAGACGGGAGGAACUGACCAAACUGCUCACCAUUACGAUAGAGAACUCUACCGUCAUUCCUUUCAAAUGGCAAGCCAACGGUUUUCUGUGCUUCUACUGCGGGUGCCCCUUCACCGACUCUUCGGCCCUCAAGCAUCACACCAAGGCUGAACACGAGAACGCCAAACUCAAAACUAUCUUGAGAACCACUGUGGCGAAAAGCGGGAGCAUUAAACUCGACGUGUCAGAGCUAGCUUGCAAGAAAUGCGGCGAAACUAUGCGCAGCUUACAGCAUUUCUUCAACCAUAUUAAACAACACGGUUUUAUAAUAAGUGAAGAGGCUUCACAUUGUUGCUAUCCAUUCAUUCUUACUGAUAACGAUAUGUCCUGUCUUGAAUGUGGGAUGUCUUUCAGAUUUUUCGGCCCUCUCUUAAUUCACACACAUAAAUAUCAUACCAAAUCUGAGCCGUUCAUUUGUGAAAUAUGCGGACAAGGAUUUAUAGCUAAAGCGAACGUGGAAAACCAUAGGAAAAUACACGACAAAAAGUCCGAUUGCAACUAUCACUGCAAAGAGUGUGAUGAAACAUUCUCUACACAGUACAAACUUACUUAUCAUUUCGAAAAAGUCCACACUCCAGCCAAAUUCAAGUGUCCUAAAUGUCCGGAAGUUCUAGGCAGCAAAUACUUAAAGAAACGUCAUUUAGCUAUCGUACAUGAUGUGAAAAGCGCGCAGUUUAAAUGUGACGAGUGUCAGAAGAUUUUCUCGUUGAAAAACAAGUUGCUUCUGCAUAAGUCCUGCGUGCAUUUGAAAGAAAGGAACAUUGCCUGCGAAAUUUGUGGACAUAAAGUGUUCAGUAAAGAUCAUUUGAAGCGACAUAUGGUGAAGCAUGAUGAUGCUAGACCGUUUGAGUGUGAAUUCUGUAAGAAAACAUUUCAAAGAAAGAAGACCUUGGAGUUCCACAGGAGGAUACAUACUAACGACAAGAGGUAUCAGUGCAAGGAGUGCGGGCGGUCGUUCGUGCAGUGGACGAGCCUCAAGCUCCAUAUGAGAGUGCAUCAUUCCAGUAAUAAUGAAACGUGGACGUAGUAGAAAAUAUUUUAAAUAAACAGUUGUAGAUUUAA